UUUCCAGUUUUAGAUAAGAUAGUGUGUAAUGAUUGCGCUUCUAACCUUGGGCUGUUUCUCAGGCGCUGGAUGGCUGAGCUGCAGUUGGCUUUGUUUCCACCUGUGGAUUCUGUGGUGGCAGCUCCCAAGUUUCCAGUGACAGGAAGAUACGAUUCUGAAGUCCCAGUCCGCCAAUCCCAGCUGGAACACUCGAAGAGCACCUUUCAUCACAAACUCCUACGUGACAAAGAGGAAAGUUUAAAGGAUCUCUACACUGAAAAAAGCCGAAGCUAUUCGGCUUCGAAGUAUUCUCUUUCAGCAGAAAGCAGUCAACACAGCUCCAGACAGGAAGGCUUCUGUUUAGCUGGACUCCAGAGCAAAUAUCUCACCAGCCAGGCCAAGACUCUGCCAUCUAAAUCAAUAGCCAGACGGAGAGAAGGGGUGGACCGUUCAUAUCCCCUGAAACCAAUCUUUCACCGCAAGGCUGGAAGUGUUCCAGUGGUUAACAGAGGGCAACUCAGAAGUCCCCCAUACAUGGAGGAAUCUCUAAGUAGUCGGCCUAGUUCAAAGAGCAAAGGGAAGCCUGCAGUAGGGAGAUCUCAGCUAGCUGCAGUGCUGUCUCCUUGGACAGCAGAACCAAAACAGUCAGCCUCACCCCUAUACAGGAGAGAGCUGGCCUACAUCCUAAGGCUGGAGGCAGAUGGACGGAAUCUGGAAGAGGAAAUCCGAAAGAAAGAGGCCCUCCUCAGAGAGAAGCUGAGGAGAACAAAGGAGGAGCUUAGGAGGAUUCAAAGAGAGAAGGAGCUAGUGGAGGCAGAGGAGAGAAGAGCCAGAGAAGCAGAGAGGACCACUGAGCGAAAGGCCACAAGGCACUCUGAAGAGAACGUUUACAGAGUGGCAGUCAGGCCUGGUGAUGGGGACUUUGAGAGGGCGCAGUCUCCAGAGGUCACUAGGUCCAAGCCAGGCACCAGCCUCCAUCCCCAAGAGCUAGCUAUGGGGAAACUCAAGAAGGAACGUUUGGUGGCCAGCAAUAGCAAAAUACGAGACCGCUUAUCUGGAGAGGAUUUAGCCUCUUGCUCAGAGCCAGUCCCAAAACAGAGCCCUUCUCCCUCUGCCUUCUCAGACCAAGAAUCUGGUGACCACUUAGCCACAGAGAUGUUGUACAUACAGGCUGCCAGUGCUGGGGAACUAGGACAGUGCAGCUUCUGCGGACGUAAGUUUCUCUGCACCAGGCUCGAGAAGCACGCAAAUAUCUGCAGCAAGAGCCAAGGCUCUAAGAGGAAGGUGUUUGACUCGAGCAAGGCUAGAGCCAGGGGCACAGAGCUGGAACAGUAUCGGCAGUGGAAGAGCUCAGAGAGCCCUCAGAACCAGCCACCUAGAAAGAACAACUGGAGGCAGAAGCACGAGUCAUUCAUCCAGACCCUGCGCCAGGCCCGCCAGGUGCAGCAAGUGCUCUCCAAGGGAGGAAAGGUGUCCGAGCUGCCCCUGCUGCCUCCUGUUGAGAACCCAGACUACGUUGCCUGUCCCUACUGCAGCCGCCGAUUUGCACCCAAAGUAGCCGAGAGACACGUUCCCAAAUGCAAAACCAUCAAGAAUAGGCCCCCACCCCCACCCCAAAAGAGGCGCUGAUGAGGCACUGCCCAGCUAUAUAUAUGUGCUGUUCUGAUUCCCUGCCUGCUUUCUGCCAGGUUCCCAGUGACACCUUGUGCUUUCCCCCACUGGCUGUUAGGGUUGAGCUAGUACGUACAGCAAGUGAACAGCUCAGGACCUAUAAGCAGAAUAUUAAAAUGUGUGUACUUUGACCUGUGCCCAGUAGUUCCUGAGCACAUGUGAGGCGGUUGUGACACUUGGGAUGCCCCUCUGAGGGUCCUGUUCCCCAUCGUUGGUGUUCUCAACGAGAAGACUUAGUGUGGGUGGAAGGGCGUACAGUGCCCAAAGCAGGGAAGAAAGGUUGUUGCUACAGGCUGUCAACAGGACAGCAGCAAAGAACAAACCAGCCAUCAGAAAGGGGCUGUUCUUCAGAAUUCUAUUUUGCUUUUCACUUAGGGAGGCAUGUUUAUUUUUUCCCUCUACUUUACAAUAAUGUUGUCUGGUGUGGGGUUAACUGUUCUCCCUUUUGCUCAUGAGUGACUGAAGAAGUGGUUUUUCUUUUUUUUUUUUCCCUACUGCAAAAGUAAAGAGUAUUGCUGUACUGAGGAGCUCAAAUUGGCAUGUUAGAGGCACAGCUGGGCCAGAGAAUGCAUCUGCCUUUGGUUUGUUCUGUAGCUCUGUGGAUACAGAAGUUGACAUCUGAACACGCUAACAGUGACACUGCUUCUGCCUGGUGGCUCAUUCUGUAAUAGCAUUUUUAUUAUAACUACCCACAAAAGAUUGAGAUGUGAGGUAGGGGGAGGUCUCUCUUUUUUUUCUUUCUUUCUUUUUUUUUUUUUUCCUAGUGGAAGGAUUCUAUAUUCUUAAAAACUAUUUAGCAGUAGUUUAGGUUAGACUAAAAGAGACUCUGUCCCCAGUAGACUUUCCAGAGGGUCUACAAUCACAUCAGCACAAGAGUCUGUUUAGAUGCUUUUCUGGAAGCCUAGUGACAAUCCUGAAGACCAGCGACAUAUUACCUUUUAGAAAUUCAGUAUCCUUUUGAGUGGGAGUCUGAUGACAUUGCUUGAAUUAGAAAAGGAGUAUUGAGAGGAGUAGUAUUAACUACUUCCUCAACACAAAAAUCCCAGGAGCAGAAAUUUGUGGGGGUUGUUUUGUAUGUUGUUUCAAGAUGGGCUUUGAGAAGAUCCUGGAAGGAAGCGUACUGCUGAAGUUAGAAACAGGUGUGAUACAGAGCAUGUUAGUACCUCCAGGCGUGUAAUCCUUAUCAGCACUUGUUGUAUAAAGCACAAGCAACAGAUCAGAGAGAGUUCUGUGCUUCAGUGUAUCACUUUCAGGAGCUGAGAUGGAAUUUCCUUCCCACUACCACCUACCCUUGAUUCCUAACUUGGUUUCUGAUUAUUUUUUUUAAAACUUUCAUCUGCAACUAAGAAUUGCUACAGCUAAAAGAGAAGUAACCAGACAGUACACUUAGGAGCAAAACAGCUGCGAUGUUUUCCUAUGUGAAGUUCCUAUGUUCAGGGUUAAAUCAAAAUUUACUAUCCAAAAAAUUGAGUUUUUCCUCUCAACCAGAUUCCUCUAAAACACAAGGCUUACACGCUUCCUUGAGUCACCUGGUUAUUUCCAUCUUUUCUACUGCAAUGGUAGGGAAUUAUGACAAAAAUAAUGCCCUUUCCCUUGCUUUCUUCCUAAGAUGCAAACUGAUUCUAGGCAAUUUUGGCCUUAUGCUGGAAGUCUGAGUUUCUCAUGCACUGUUAAAAGGUCUUUGGGGAGGAAAAGUGUCCUAUAGAUACUUUUAGGGAAGCAUCUGUUUGUAGUUGGUGACGGUUGCUGAUGCACAUUUUUAAGCCAGUUUAUUUCAAGAUUCUGAUUUUUAAGACAUUAUUAGACUAGUUCUGUUGUGUAAAAAGCCAUAGUAAAUGGUCAUAAAGUAUUUUUUUUGUUCUCAGAGGGUUGAUUACAUGUAUGAGAAAUCUGCAGCAGGAAGCAAACAAGGAAAAAAAAAAAAAUUCCAGCAGCUCCUUUGGCAAGCCUUUCAGUAGUGCAGCCCCAGCUCAUGGGAGCCUAGAAAAAGAUAAAAAGGGACUAGAUUUAAGUGGGUUAGUUGGAAGCUGGAAUGCAAUGGGUGGAACAGAUUCCUGAAAAAAGUUGGAGUGCUUCUGCCUACAGCUGUGUGGGCAGAAAUCCUAAUACCUUGGCACACCCUAGACAAAUAUGAAGGUCCCAGAAAGGAUCAGUGCUGCACGGGGCUGGCCAGGUAUGUAUGAGAGUGUAUAAACCUAGAGAGGAGAGAAAACCAGGCCCAGAACAAUGGAAAGGAAUUUGGUAUAUCCAAAUGGAUGAGAGAAGCAAGAGCAAUGCUUUAACUUCAGAGCUUAUUAAUAAAUAAUAGCAAGAGGUGACAGGAGAAGAGGAAGGAAAGGAGUAGACUGGAAGCUUUAUGCCAGCCUCCUCAUUCAUGAAAGGUGUAACUGAAUUAAACAAAGAGCAGUCAAGAUAUUCAAUACCCCUGCCUGUCAUGUAACGUUAACUCCUUUUCCCUUGCAGUAGCUUUUAUUGACAGUGUUUGGUGGAUCCUAAAAGUCAGCAGGAUGCAAAUGGUGGCUGUGGUAGAUACACACACACACACACGCAGAGGCUUCUGGUACUGAAAAAUAAAUCCAUCUGCUGGGGAUUUCUCUUAAGUGACAGACAGGCAAAAAUGGCUAAUGCUGUGAUAGAAACUGUAGAUUAAACAGAAGUUGUUCAAACUACCUUACCA